ACUUGAAGUGGAAUCCUUAAGUAAUCCUUAUUACUAAAAUCGAAAACUAUCUUUCAAAGAUGACGCAACCGCUACCCAUCCGCUUUCAGGAGCAUUUACAGCUCACAAACGUUGGGAUCAACGCAAACUCGUUCUCAUUCAGCACGCUCACGAUGGAGUCGGACAAGUUUAUUUGUGUGCGCGAGAAAGUUAAUGAUACCGCCCAAGUAGUCAUCAUUGAUAUGAACGAUUCGACCAAUCCCACACGACGUCCCAUAUCAGCUGACUCGGCCAUUAUGAAUCCAGCAAGCAAAGUUAUUGCUCUCAAAGCGCAAAAGACGUUGCAGAUAUUCAAUAUUGAAAUGAAAUCAAAAAUGAAGGCUCACACGAUGAAUGAAGAUGUUGUGUUCUGGAAAUGGAUAUCUUUGAACACUUUAGCAUUGGUGACCGAGACGAGCGUUUUUCAUUGGUCUAUGGAAGGUGACUCGAUGCCACAAAAAAUGUUUGAUAGACAUUCCUCACUCAAUGGCUGUCAGAUAAUCAAUUAUCGCUGCAAUGCUACACAACAAUGGCUGCUUCUGGUAGGCAUAUCGGCACUUCCCAGCCGCGUUGCCGGCGCCAUGCAGUUGUAUUCCGUGGAGCGUAAAGUAUCGCAGGCCAUCGAAGGUCACGCAGCCAGUUUUGCGACUUUUAAAAUAGACGGAAACAAGGAACCGACUACGCUUUUUUGCUUUGCAGUUCGCACCGCCACAGGCGGCAAGCUUCACAUCAUUGAAGUCGGAACACCGCCUAAUGGCAACCAGGCUUUUCCAAAAAAGGCUGUUGACGUCUUCUUUCCACCGGAAGCCCAGAACGACUUUCCAGUGGCCAUGCAGGUCUCAGCGAAGUACGAUACCAUCUAUUUGAUAACCAAAUAUGGAUAUAUUCAUCUGUACGAUAUGGAGACCGCCACAUGCAUAUACAUGAAUCGCAUAUCGGCCGAUACAAUUUUCGUGACCGCUCCGCACGAGGCCAGCGGUGGAAUUAUUGGCGUCAACCGCAAGGGUCAGGUGCUAUCUGUAACUGUUGACGAAGAGCAGAUCAUUCCUUAUAUAAACACUGUUUUGCAAAACCCUGACUUGGCCCUGCGAAUGGCUGUACGAAACAAUUUAGCAGGAGCGGAGGAUCUUUUUGUCCGCAAGUUCAACAAGCUGUUUACUGCCGGUCAGUUCGCCGAAGCGGCCAAAGUUGCUGCUCUGGCUCCCAAGGCCAUUCUUCGCACUCCUCAGACCAUUCAACGAUUUCAACAAGUGCAAACACCAGCAGGCUCGACGACGCCACCUCUACUGCAGUACUUUGGUAUUCUGCUCGACCAGGGCAAGUUAAACAAGUUUGAGUCCCUGGAGCUGUGUCGUCCAGUUCUGCUGCAAGGAAAGAAGCAACUUUGCGAAAAAUGGCUAAAGGAGGAGAAACUUGAGUGCAGCGAAGAACUAGGUGAUCUCGUUAAAGCCUCAGACCUCACGCUAGCGCUCUCCAUUUACUUGCGUGCCAAUGUUCCCAAUAAAGUGAUUCAGUGUUUUGCAGAAACUGGACAGUUUCAAAAAAUUGUGCUUUAUGCCAAGAAGGUUAACUAUACACCAGACUACAUUUUUCUGCUGCGUUCGGUGAUGCGUAGCAAUCCCGAGCAAGGUGCUGGUUUUGCAUCUAUGCUUGUAGCAGAGGAAGAGCCUCUGGCGGACAUUAACCAGACUGUCGAUAUCUUCAUGGAACACUCUAUGGUACAACAGUGCACGGCUUUUUUGUUAGAUGCCCUUAAGCACAAUCGCCCGGCCGAGGGUUCGCUGCAGACGCGUUUGCUUGAAAUGAAUCUCAUGUCUGCCCCACAGGUGGCCGACGCUAUACUUGGUAAUGCUAUGUUCACCCACUACGAUAGGGCACACAUCGCCCAGCUGUGUGAAAAAGCAGGUUUGUUGCAGCGUGCUCUGGAGCACUACACAGAUCUGUACGAUAUAAAGCGGGCUGUCGUACACACGCAUAUGCUGAAUGCUGAGUGGCUGGUUAGCUUCUUUGGGACUUUAUCGGUGGAGGACUCUCUGGAAUGUCUGAAGGCUAUGUUAACAGCAAAUCUGCGGCAGAAUUUACAAAUCUGUGUACAAAUUGCCACCAAGUACCACGAGCAGUUGACCACCAAGGCGCUAAUUGACCUAUUUGAGAGCUUUAAGAGCUACGACGGACUGUUCUAUUUCCUAAGCAGUAUUGUGAACUUCUCACAGGAUCCAGAGGUUCACUUUAAAUACAUUCAAGCCGCCUGUAAGACAAACCAGAUAAAAGAGGUGGAACGAAUUUGUCGCGAAUCUAAUUGUUAUAACCCGGAGCGCGUGAAGAAUUUCUUGAAGGAAGCUAAACUGACUGAUCAACUGCCGCUGAUUAUUGUUUGUGAUCGUUUUGACUUUGUCCAUGAUCUGGUGCUGUACUUAUACCGCAACAAUCUCCAAAAGUAUAUAGAGAUCUAUGUGCAGAAGGUAAACCCUUCUCGCUUGCCGGUUGUUGUGGGUGGUUUGCUUGACGUCGACUGCAGUGAGGAUAUUAUCAAAAAUCUCAUACUAGUGGUCAAGGGUCAGUUCUCUACGGAUGAGCUGGUGGAGGAGGUUGAAAAGCGUAAUCGCUUAAAGCUCCUACUUCCCUGGCUUGAGUCUCGGGUCCACGAAGGCUGCGUUGAGCCCGCCACACACAAUGCCUUGGCCAAGAUUUACAUUGAUUCAAAUAACAACCCAGAACGUUUCCUCAAAGAAAAUCAGUACUACGACAGCCGCGUGGUCGGUCGCUACUGUGAAAAGCGUGAUCCUCAUCUGGCCUGUGUUGCCUACGAACGGGGCCAGUGCGAUCGCGAAUUGAUCGCUGUCUGUAACGAAAACUCACUAUUUAAAAGUGAAGCUCGUUAUCUAGUGGCUCGACGUGAUGCCGAACUCUGGGCGGAGGUCCUGUCCGAAGCUAAUCCAUACAAGCGCCAGUUGAUUGAUCAAGUCGUUCAGACGGCACUGUCUGAAACACAGGAUCCCGACGAUAUUUCGGUAACAGUAAAGGCAUUUAUGACUGCUGACUUGCCGAAUGAGCUGAUUGAGCUGCUGGAAAAGAUCAUAUUGGACUCUUCGGUGUUCAGCGACCAUCGCAAUCUUCAGAAUCUGCUCAUACUCACUGCUAUUAAAGCUGAUCGUACACGCGUUAUGGAUUAUAUAAACCGACUGGACAAUUACGAUGCACCGGAUAUAGCCAACAUUGCGAUUAGUAAUCAAUUGUAUGAGGAGGCAUUUGCCAUAUUCAAGAAGUUCGAUGUUAAUACGUCAGCCAUUCAGGUGCUCAUUGAUCAGGUCAACAAUUUGGAGAGAGCCAACGAGUUCGCCGAGCGCUGUAACGAGCCAGCCGUAUGGUCACAGUUAGCCAAGGCUCAACUACAGCAGGGUUUAGUGAAGGAGGCUAUUGAUUCAUAUAUAAAGGCCGAUGAUCCGAGUGCUUACGUGGACGUGGUUGACGUGGCUAGUAAGGUGGAAUCGUGGGACGACCUUGUUCGGUAUCUUCAAAUGGCACGUAAAAAAGCGCGUGAGUCCUAUAUUGAGAGUGAAUUAAUUUACGCUUUUGCUCGCACUGCUCGUUUGGCCGAUCUCGAAGAGUUCAUAUCGGGUCCCAACCACGCAGACAUACAGAAAAUUGGAGAUCGCUGUUUCAGUGACGGAAUGUACGAUGCUGCAAAGCUCCUAUAUAAUAAUGUCAGCAACUUUGCCCGUUUGGCUAUUACACUGGUAUAUCUUAAGGAGUUUCAGGGUGCUGUUGACUCGGCGCGAAAGGCUAACUCGACGCGCACAUGGAAGGAAGUUUGUUUUGCUUGCGUAGAUGCGGAAGAAUUUCGGCUAGCGCAGAUGUGUGGCCUACAUAUUGUUGUUCAUGCUGAUGAGCUAGAGGAUUUGAUUAAUUAUUACCAGAAUCGGGGAUAUUUCGAUGAGCUGAUAGCACUACUUGAGUCUGCUCUGGGCCUAGAACGUGCGCAUAUGGGAAUGUUUACUGAGUUGGCCAUACUCUACUCAAAAUUUAAACCAUCAAAAAUGCGAGAACACCUAGAACUAUUCUGGUCCCGCGUUAACAUACCAAAAGUUCUGCGAGCUGCCGAGUCGGCUCAUCUCUGGUCGGAGCUAGUGUUCCUUUACGAUAAGUAUGAGGAAUAUGACAACGCUGUGCUGGCCAUGAUUGCUCACCCGACUGAGGCAUGGCGCGAGGGACACUUUAAGGACAUCGUAACAAAGGUGGCAAAUAUUGAGUUGUACUACAAGGCCAUCGAAUUUUAUUUAGACUUUAAGCCGUUGCUGCUGAACGAUAUGAUUUUAGUGCUGGCUCCCCGAAUGGAUCAUACUCGAGCUGUUAGCUACUUUUCCAAGACCGGCUACUUGCCGUUGGUCAAGCCCUAUUUGCGCUCCGUACAAUCCCUUAAUAAUAAAGCUAUCAAUGAAGCUCUUAAUGGUCUCUUAAUCGACGAGGAGGACUACCAAGGUCUACGCAAUUCGAUCGAUGGUUUCGACAACUUUGACAACAUUGCGCUGGCUCAGAAGCUUGAGAAGCAUGAGCUCACAGAGUUUCGUAGAAUUGCUGCAUACUUGUAUAAAGGAAAUAACCGUUGGAAACAAAGCGUUGAGCUGUGUAAAAAGGAUAAACUUUACAAGGAUGCCAUGGAGUAUGCCGCUGAGUCUGGAAAGCAAGAGAUUGCUGAAGAGUUGUUGGGAUGGUUCCUUGAGCGGAAUGCACACGAUUGCUUUGCGGCAUGUCUUUAUCAGUGCUACGAUUUGUUGCGCCCUGAUGUAAUUUUGGAACUGGCAUGGAAACAUAAGAUUAUGGAUUUUGCCAUGCCCUACUUAAUACAGGUCUUGCGUGAAUACACUAAUAAAGUUGAUAAAUUGGAGUUGAACGAGGCUCAGCGCGAAAAGGAAGAAGACACCACUGAACAUAAAAAUAUUAUACAAAUGGAGCCGCAACUUAUGAUAACUGCUGGGCCAGCAAUGGGCAUUCCGGCUCAAUAUGCACAGAAUUAUCCGCCUGGCGCUGCUACAGUUGCUGCUGCGACGACAACAGGGCGCAAUAUGGGCUAUCCAUAUUUGUAGGCAACGACCAGAAAGCAAAUAAAUAAAAUAAUAGAAGUAAUGUGAACAAGAAAUGUACCAUCAUCAAAAACAUUACCAAUACAAAAAGAGUAACAAGUUAAUAGUUUAUUUUGCACCAAAAUACAUCAACACCUACACUACA